AUGCAUGUUUAUUCUGCUUUGUAUUACCAUAAUUGUGACCGUAAAAUCUUGUUAAUGGAGCACUUCACUAUAACUUUGUUGUGCACAUUCAAUGCGGUGAUACGUGAGGGUCUGACAUUUGAAGAGAUGGAACUCCUGAUAUUCAUUGGGAUACACUUUGUGGUUAUUGCUUUCUUGACUUCUUUGGAAGCUCAGUUUGAUAAGUUUGGCCAUCAUCAACAAAUUUAUUCUGAACUCAACAUAGCCUCAAAACCCCCAACUCUCUGGAUAGCUACAAUAUUUGGCAUUAUGGGCACCGAAUCUAAUUGCUUUGUGAUUCGUGUUCACGGGAAGCACGUUCUGCAUCCUUGUGCUGGUUCAACCAAUAUAAACAAAAAGGUUUGGAAGUUGGAACAUGUACUUCAGGGAUCAUCUUCCUUGGCUGCCCCUGUCACGGAGAAUCCACUAAGGAAAAUUUGUUGCAGUGAUUACAAGGCUGCUAUCAAAGUGCAGGAUCGAGCUCAACUCAUGGAGUUGCUCACAUAUGAAGCCGUGGAAGCAGCUGUUGAGAAUCGAGUAGAGAUGAAAACAAGAAAUUAUGGUCAAGAGGUAAGGGUCACCCAGCAGGAUGACAGAGCUGAUUCCCUACACAAAGUGGAGCCAACUUUAGUUGCUAAUCUGUACAAAAAUUGGACCAUGCCUCUGACACGAGAAGUUCAGGUUGAAUACUUGUUGAGAAGGCUGGACUAA